UUUUGUCUCUGCACAAAAUUAAUCACCUCAAACGUUGGCCAAAUUCCCCACCUUCUCUCCUAGCAGAUAUCCUCCCUGUCUCCAUUUCUCGAGAUCUCCUUUUACAAGGUAUGUGUUCUAGCUAAACCAGAUCUACAAUUCACACUAUUUCAUUUCAUUUCAUUUCAUUUUUUUAUUUUUGUAAAUCAAAUUUAUAAUUUAAACAAUAAAGCAUGAAUUCCAAUUACGGAAAACCUAAAGGAUCAACACCCGGUUCAUUCAGUAACUUCAAUUUUGAUCUCGAUCUCGGCCUCGGGUCAGGUCAGCCCAAGUCACUUUAUGACCAAAAAGACAGAACCACCUCGUCGUUUCAAUCUUCAUAUUCAUCGUCGACAACUACACACACUCAAUCAAAGCCCACGCGGCAGCCAAACAAGCCAUCGUGGACUCAUCAACCGGCGCCGAGUCAUUCGACUCUGCCCGGGUUACAAAAUGCACCCACUUCAAUGGUGGGUGAUAUACAUGGCAAGAGUUGGGCCCCUUCAAGCGCGGCAAAAUCCAGUUCUGGGAUUGGGAUAGUUGAUAAGAAUCCGAAUUUGUUUGGUGAUCUUGUUAGCUCUGCUUUAGGUCAUGGUAAGAGUAAUAGUAAUGUUCCUUUGAAAAAUGCAGCACCAGUGGCAUCGAAUAAGAGUUCAUAUUCAAUGGGGAAUUUGGCUGAUUCAUUACCUAAAACUAGUAAUGCAUCCAAAAGUAGUGGAAAUUGGGGGUCUGGAGAAAGUUUUGGGAGCUAUACUGGUGGAUUUAAUAGUGGUGGCAGUUGUAAUGUGAAUGUUAAUGUUAAUGUUAAUGCCAAAGUUACAGAGAAUUCAAAUCUUGGGGGUCCGGCAAUGAAGAGCAUGACUGGAAAUGGGAUGAGUGCUAAUAAGGAUCCAUUUGGUUCCUUGUUUGAUCUGGGGUCAAAGCAAUCGGGUAGUCUUAAUUCAGCUAGUAAAGGGAAUAAUAACAGUGGUGGUGUUGAUUCUUUUGGAGAGUUCCAGAAUGCCUCUAAAGCUAGCACAACACCAUUUCCUUCAAGUGGUGUUGCUUCAAGUAAUAAUGAUUUUAUGGGAUCAAAUUUGGGCUCUGAUUUUGGGGCAUUCAAGGAUCAUGGUUCUCAGAAUAAGUCCUCUGGUCAAAGUCAAAGUACAGGUGGUGAUCCACUUGACAUAUUCUUUUCCUCAUCCUCAGCUGCAACAGGAAGUGCUGCUACUGUGUCUGAUGGAGGGCAGCAGUUCUCAGAAGAUGAUUGGGGAUUGGAUUCCAAUUUUGGAGGAGGAAACGAUAGUGGCGGUGCUACCACUGAACUUGAAGGACUGCCUCCUCCUCCAGCUGGGGUAACUGGUGCUGCUGCAAAGAACAAGGGUAUAGAUAAUCAGAAGGCAGGCCAAUAUGCUGAUGCCAUUAAGUGGCUGUCUUGGGCUGUUAUUCUUUUUGAGAAAUCAGGUGAUAAGAAUGCUACAAAGGAGGUACUAUCAAUUAGGGCUUCAUGUUAUAAAGAAGUUGGGGAAUAUAAGAAAGCCGUGGCUGACUGUUCAAAGGUGCUAGAACAAGAUGAAGGAAAUGUAUCUGUUCUUGUACAGCGUGCGCUUCUGUAUGAAAGCAUGGAAAAGUAUAAACUUGGGGCUGAAGACCUGAGAACUGUUCUGAAGAUUGAUCCUAUCAACCGGAUUGCAAGAAGUACCAUUCAUCGCUUGACAAAAAUGGUGGACUAGAAAGAGUAGAUUGAAUCUCAGAGCUCUGCAGUUGCAAAAUAAUUGAAGCUGUUGAUGAUAGAAAGAGCCCAUGUAAUAGGCAAAGACAAUUUGGUCUCAGAUGAAAGCACAUCAGAAGGAAAUAGAAGGUUGAGAGAAAUUCUGAAGAGUUGAAGAGACAUCCAUCAAAAGUAUCAGAUAGAGGUAAAAAUCUAAACAAAAAUGAGAUUUGUAAAUAGGCUGACCUGAUACUGGCUGAUGAAGAUGAAGUCAAUUGUUGAUAAGAUUGGAGACAACAAAGUCAGACCUUAUAGCAAAGCAACAGAGGCAGCCGCAACCAUGAAUCAUGAUAAAUAGAAGGUAUUGGGCUGAGCCUGAGCAUAGAUGUUUAAAAGGUGCAAACUUAUCUUAGUUGCAUAAGUCCUGAUGUUUGGGCACUUUACCCACAAACACCAAAUUUUAGUGAUAAUUGAAACGCCAAAGGACUAUUUCCCACCCAA